AGGGCGCGCGGAGCGGGGGAGGGGUCCUGAGCCCAGCGCAGCGCGGACGCGGCCGGGAGGCCAGGGUGACCUGCGGGCGCAAGGCCGGCGGCGAGGAGGGCGCGGGGACGUCUCCGCCAGAGACCCUUCUGGAGUGCGGGAGGCGGGGGCGGGAGUAACCGGCAAAGGAGGGAGCGGCCGGGGCGUCAGUUCCGAGGGACCCAGGGGCUUGCGAGGACUUUCCGUCUGGGAGCCCCGCGGAGACCAGGAGGCUGCAGGUGGCCCUGGGGACGGGGGCUCACGCCAAAGCCGGCACCACGAACGACCUAUCGCCCCUGGUCGGCAGCCCCGCGCGCGCCUCUGUCCUGGGCGGCGCAGGCAAGGCUUGGAGAGCCGGCGGGUGCUCGGGCCCAGGACGCUCCCGGGCGGGGUUGGCGGAGUUGGGGGCCGGCGCGCCCCACCGACCCCGCGCGGUGGCCCCGCCCCUGGGGCCGCGGGAAGGCCCCGCCACGGGGGCGGGGUUGGCACUGCCCCCCCCUCCCCUUCCCGCUGCGGCCCCUUCUUAAGCCCUCGGGUCGCUGGCUGCCGUCACUCGCCUCUCCCGCCGCCUCCCUCCUGCGUUAUGGCCUCGGCGGCGCGCACCUAUGUCUCCAGGUUCAAGUCCUUCGUGAUCUUGUUCCUCACCCCGCUCCUGCUGCUGCCACUCGUCAUUCUGAUGCCCGCCAAGUUCGUCAGGUGUGCCUACGUCAUCAUCCUCAUGGCCGUGUACUGGUGCACGGAGGUCAUCCCCCUGGCCGUCACCUCCCUCAUGCCGGCCUUGCUCUUCCCGCUCUUGAAGAUUCUGGACUCCAAGCAGGUGUGUAUCCAGUACAUGAAGGACACCAACAUGCUGUUCUUGGGCGGCCUCAUCAUGGCCGUGGCCGUGGAGCGCUGGAAUCUGCACAAGAGGAUAGCCCUGCGCACGCUCCUGUGGGUGGGGGCCAAGCCAGCACAGCUGAUGCUGGGCUUCAUGGGCGUCACGGCCUUUCUCUCCAUGUGGAUCAGCAACACGGCCACCACGGCCAUGAUGGUGCCCAUCGUGGAGGCCAUGUUACAGCAGAUGGAGACCGCCGGCUCCGCCGAGGCCGGCCUGGGGGCCCUGGAGCUGGCAGACAAGGGCAGGGCCGGCCAGCUGCCAGGGAGCCAAGUGACCUUCGAAGGGCCCCCCGAGGGGCUGCGGGCCGACCGCGACCGGAGGAGCGUGCGCAAGGCCAUGACCCUGUGCGUGUGCUACGCGGCCAGCAUCGGAGGGACCGCCACACUGACAGGGACGGGGCCCAACGUGGUGCUCCUGGGCCAGAUGCACGAGUUGUUUCCGGACAGCAAAGACCUGGUGAACUUCGCCUCCUGGUUUGGCUUUGCCUUUCCGAACAUGCUGGUGAUGCUGUUGCUGGCCUGGCUGUGGCUCCAGUGCGUCUAUAUGAGGUUCAGUUUUAAGGCGUCCUGGGGCUGCGGGCUGGAGAGCAGGCAUCACGAGAAGGCCGUGUAUGAGCUGCUGUGGCAGGAGUACAGGAAGCUGGGGCCGUUCUCCUUCGCCGAGGCCAAUGUCCUGCUCUGCUUCCUCCUGCUGGUCGGCCUGUGGUUCUCCCGGGACCCCGGCUUCAUGCCCGGCUGGGUGUCGCUGGCCUGGGAGGAGGGCGAGACAAAGUACGCGUCUGACGCCACCGUGGCCACCUUUGUGGCCACCUUGCUGUUCGUAGUGCCUUCGCAGAGGCCCCAGUUCAACUUCCGUGGCCAGACGGAGGAGGAAAGGAAAGCUCCAUUUUAUCCCCCUGCGCUGCUGACCUGGAAGGUGACCCAGGAGAAAGUGCCCUGGGGCAUCGUGCUGCUGCUGGGGGGCGGCUUCGCACUGGCCAAAGGAUGUGAGGCCUCGGGGCUGUCGGAAUGGAUGGGGGAGCAGAUGGAACCCUUGCACUCUGUGCCCCCGGCGGCCAUCACCUUGAUCCUGUCCCUGCUUGUUGCCGUGUUCACCGAGUGCACGAGCAAUGUGGCCACCACGACCCUAUUCCUGCCCAUCUUCGCCUCCAUGUCACGUUCCAUCGGCCUCAACCCGCUGUACGUCAUGCUGCCCUGCACCCUGAGCGCGUCCUUUGCCUUCAUGCUGCCCGUGGCCACCCCGCCCAAUGCCAUCGUGUUUGCUUACGGACACCUCAAGGUUUCUGACAUGGUGAAAACAGGACUCAUGAUGAACAUAAUCGGAGUCUUCUGUGUAUUUCUGGCUGUCAACACGUGGGGACGGGUCAUCUUUGACUUGGACCAUUUCCCUGACUGGGCUAACCUGACACACGCGGAGACCUAGGGAGAGCCUCGCGACCCGGCACACCGCCCCCACCCUCCUGAGGACACAAACCUCCCAGCACACCUCCCGGCACAAGUUUGGGGUUCGCUCCCCCAAGCAAUCCAGUGAUGCCCACAACCCCAUGGAGACCCAGCCUGGGGGCUCCAUGCAGAGCUGGGGGGGGAGGGCUCUGCAGGGCGGGAGAGGGGGGACCCUCCCAGGGGCCUGCUGUCACUCCUGGGACAGGGAUCAGGACACAGGCUCCUGUCCCAGCUCAGCCGCCAGCCGGCCCCAGGCUGGGGUCUGGCGUCAUCUAAGGGGGACUCUGAUCGCAGCUUGGGAAGCGAGAGAACAGCCUCCAGAGCCUGUCCCUCUUCCGGCGUCUCCUGGGCUCCUCCGCUCCUUCCUGUCACUCGGCAGGGACCACCCGGCCCUGGGACGGCCGCUGGGGUCGGAGCCUCUGGGACCCGUGGGGACCGUGUUGAGGCCACCUGAGGGUGAGGACUUUGGCUGACAUUAGCCACCGCACACCGCUGGCUAAUCUCCCCUCCUAGCCUCGCCCCGUGUCAGCGGACGACGCGGACCCUUGCGCAGCCCUCCCACACACCCCUUCUGUUGUCCGGGCCCACAUAUGCUUGGACCCCCGGACCGGGGCCCCCUGCACCCCUGAUCCUGCAGGCGGUGAGCCCAGCCUUGGGGGUGCUUUUCCUGACACCCCACGUGGCCGUGGCCGCACUCCACGUACGGGCGGCCGUGGCCCCUUUGGGGCCACCGGUGGGGAUCCGGGUGCUCCUGCACCCGCAGGCCCGGCGUGGACACAGCUGCUGACGGCCAAGAGCGGGUCCCCACAGGGUCUUCCUGCCGGAGUUUCAGCUCCCCGCCGUUGACUGGUGGCCACAGAGCUGAGGAUAAGCAGUGCUCGGCGGUCCCUGGGCUGACAGCAUCUGGUGCCGCCGGGGGCGAGGACGGCAGGGCGGUGCGGGGACCCUCGGGACCUCCACCCCCCGCCCGCCAGCCUCCUUGGCCGCUCUGGAAGCAGAAGCACGUCAGGAUCCUUGACGGCAUUUUUCAGGGCAGGACACUGUUCAGGACUCAGGGCAACGCCCUCGGGGACCAGGCUCCCGGGAGGGGAUCAUUCCGGGCCCUGCCCCGCGUGCCUUCCACGGACAGGGGCGCUGGCUCUGGGAGGGGGCAGGUGGGUGAGUGAGCCUUACUGGCCGCCCACCUCCCGUCCCCGGUGCUGCCCCGGGAUCUGUACCUGGGUCCCCGUGGCAGCCACAUGGGCUGGGCCGGUGUUAUCCUCACUUGUCUGUCGAGGACACGGGCUCCGAGGGGCCAAGUCAUGUGUCCAAAGUUGCGUCCAGGUUGGCGGCAGUUAGGGCUCCAUCUGGACCUUCCACCUUGGUGUCCACUGCUCCCCGUCUGGCCGAGAAGGACCUGGCCCCCAGGGGCCUGUCGAGGACAGUGGGGGGCCACGGGUUUGGGGAAGAGAGUCGCACUGGGGCCCCCACCGCUGCCUCCUCAGAGGCGGGCUCAAGACAGCACGGGGUGUCUGUGUCCGAGGGAGCAAAGUGUCCAGUUGGGGAGAGUGUGAAGAUGGCCGGCUGCUCCUCCAAGGUGAGGGGACGUGUCCGUGCCCCUGUCCGGCGGCCCCGAGGGCCUGGGCCCCCCGCCGGCCGGGAGCUGGGACGUUGGCCAGGCCAGAGGGGCCGCUGUGGGUGCGGCCGGUGGACACGCCCAGAGGGUGGUCGUGAGCGAGGUCAUGAAGGCCGUCCAGGGGGCCUGGCUGGGGGCUGGGGGCAGGGAGGCUCCAGCUGGUUGACAGGAAGCUGGGUGGGGGCUUCCGGAGAGCAGACCCUCGGGCUGGGGACCCUGACCACAGGCUGCUUCUACACAACUUCUCCUGAAGCCGCGCGCGCCCCAUUCUGGCCAGUGCCCGCCAGGACUGCGUUCGGCUGCAAAGUAACCGUCGGGCGUGUGGUGUCCCCGGGACAGGAACUCUGAGGUCGAUGGCCCUGGACUCCUGAGCACACGGAGCUUUCACUGUGACGCUUGCCCCUGCGGCCCCUGGCACUGGAGGCAGGAAGAAGGGGGCGUGAGGUCUGCUGCGUCUUCCCCUUUUACCAGGAAAGCAAACGCUUUCUCCGAAGGCCCGAGUCUCCCCUCCAGGGGCUGCCGGCCACAACGUGGCCACAGGCCACCGUUAGGCGGGUCGUGGACCCAGGGCAACUGGAGCGUCAUCAGGACGUCAGGAGGCCAGUCGGGACUCCUCUCCCGGGCCUGGGGAGUGGGCCCACGUUUCCUCCACCCACCACAACAUCGGGGUUCUGGCAGGAAAACAGUGGGGGUGCUGUUGGGCCACUAACGAACAGGGCUACUCUGGCCCCUCCGAGGGCCCUUCCCCAAGGGACCCACGGCUCCCCUCACCCACCGCCGCCCCCACCCGGUCUUCGCCAUUUGCCAGAAGGCCUCUCACACCUCUGCCCCGUCCACAUUUUGCCUCUGAGAGGUUCUGCCCAAGACCCUUGUUCUCUCUUCUUGGCACCUGCCUGGACGUUUGGGCCCGAGGUUCACUGAGCACGCGGUCCUGACCGGGACG